AUGAAAGGAUAUUGCUCGUAUAAUAAAUCAGACAUUGUUUCACACUAUAACGCUGCUUGGGAUGAUGAUAUUAAAAAUGUCAAUAAAGAUUUUAUCGAAAGCGGUGUGUUUAACGGAUGUAUUAAUCUCAAAGAUUUAUUCGGGUUUUGUGAAGACUAUAAACGUAUUUUAAUAAACUGUAAUCAACAGCUGAUAUUAAAUAGAGCGUCGCUGGAUAUGAAUGCGAUUAAGCAGUAUAAAAACAAUGAAAUUGUUAUAGACGCGUCUAAGUUAAAAGAUGUUAAAAUAAAUAUUUCGAAAAUAUUAUGGAGAAUGCCUAUAGUCAAGGUCAGUGAUAAAGAAAAAAUACAACUGCUGAAAGUGGUAAACCAUCAAAAACCUCUGAAAUGUGCGUUCAGAUCAUGGGAGUUGUGUGAAUACCCAUUUUUACCUCAAAACACUUUGCAUUCGUGGAAAGUAAAAACAUCUAACAAAUUAGAAAAACCGCGGUAUGCUAUAAUCGGAUUUCAGACUGAUAGGAAAAACAGUGUGAGUACACCAAUGUCAUAUUUUGAUCAUUGUAAAAUCAAAAAUGUGAAGGUUUAUUUAAAUUCUGAAGUAUUCCCCUACGAAGAUUUCCAAAGUGACUUUACUAAGAACAGGAUGGCUACAUUAUACCGUGCAUAUGCCGAGUUCCAGAAAUCCUACUACGGUCAUGAUAAUGUCACACCUCUAUUGACUCGAACGGAUUUCAAAAAACUUUCACCGAUUAUAGUUGUUGAUAUGAGUAGACAGAAUGAUAAUGUGAAAACUUCGACUGUCGACCUUAGGAUUGAGAUGGAGACCGAAGAAGCGUUUCCACCAUCUACAUCAGCAUAUUGUUUAAUCUUACAUGAUCAAAUUAUAACUUAUAAUCCGUUUAAUGGAGAAGUAAGAACAUUGUAA